AGAUCUACUUAAUUUAAAGGUCUGAAAGGUUUAUGAACGUUGUCUUCCACCAUGUUUACAAGAUAAAGAACAGGAAACGUCUCAGAAGAACAGGCAGACCCAUAAAACUCAGCACACUGUAAAAGUCAACCAAUGAAACAGAGGCUUUUGUAGGCUUGGCCAAUCACGCAAUGAAUAUACUAGCCCCGCCCCGCUGACCAUGUGAAGACUUGCAGCGAAUUUCAACCAGUUCAAACUGUUUAGGCGCGCGCGGCAGCGUUAAGCUGGUCUUAGAGACUUUAAAAAAAUCAUAUAUAAUACAGUGGCUUGUUUAUUUAUUUAAGUAUUUUAUAAAAUAAUGGCUACUCCUCCCAAGAGAUUUUGUUCAAGCCUUGACGCUGACCUCAGUUUCGAAAAAAGGGCAUUGAAGAUCUCAAUAGAGGGAAACAUUGCGGCAGGGAAGUCAACUUUUGUGCGUUGUUUGGAGCGGGCCUCAGAGGAGUGGGAGGUCAUACCAGAGCCCAUUGGGAAGUGGUGCAAUGUACAAACCACAGAGAACGAGUAUGAGGAGCUCAGCACGUCCCAGAAGAGUGGAGGCAACCUGCUGCAGAUGUUAUAUGACAAGCCCAGUCGCUGGUCUUACACUUUCCAGACCUACGCCUGCUUGAGUCGUGUCCGUGCACAGCUUCAGCCUCCUUCUGCCAAACUUCAGCAGGCAGAGCAACCGGUCCAGUUCUUUGAGCGCUCUGUCUACAGCGAUCGAUAUGUGUUUGCCUCUAACCUCUUUGAGUCUGGAGAUCUGAAUGAGACCGAGUGGGCCAUUUAUCAAGACUGGCAUUCGUGGCUCCUCACUCAGUUUGAGUCCCAGAUUGAGCUUGAUGCCAUGAUCUAUCUUCGUGCUGAUCCCGAGAGGUGUAUGCAGCGUCUUCAGUUCAGAGGACGAGAGGAGGAACAAGGGAUUCCCCUGGAUUACCUGGAGAAGCUGCAUUAUAAGCAUGAGUGUUGGCUGUACAAUCGAACCACAAAGUUGGAUUUUGAGUAUCUUAAAGACCUUCCAAUACUGCUCCUGGAUGUUAAUGAGGAUUUUAAAAAUGACAGAAUUAAGCAAGAAGGUAUCAUUGAUAAGGUGAAGGAGUUUUUGAGCACCCUCUAGCCUACAAAUAUACAUUGAUUUGUGUCAAUCAUGGAAACUGGUGAUUUAUCACUAUCUGUAUUUAUGUGUGGUCACAUUAAUGAAUUUGUGAUUUUAUUAAAUUUUUUAUCGGAUUUUAUAUUUAGCUUGUUGUACAUAUGUAUUUCGUUGUAUAUUAAAACAUCAUUUUUACAAAACAGUUUUAAACUCUUCUGUAAUGGACAAACAAGAUAUGCAGUUUGAAAUAACAUCUGCAGAGAUUAUUAUUUAUGUGCAGUUUGUGAUGCGAUCUGAAGACUAUUCUGUAAGUGAAAAGUUGUCAGUUAAUAUUACAAGAUUCCCACAGCCAUGAAAAAGCUGGGAAUGUCAGCGUUUACAAAAAAGAGACAUGGAAAUGAAUAAAAUCCUAAAAAAUUUUCUUGUUAUUCUCUAUAUUUUGUCUGCUGAGUGCAGCCUAUAAAAUUAUAUUUUAGCAAAGAAUCUUUUCCCUGUAAUUACAAGCAACUGGAAAUGUAAUGUAAAUGAAUUGGUCAAAUGUGUGGGAAGAAUAUAUGCUGAAAGAAGU